AUGCUGGUUAAUACUAAUAACAAGGUCAGUGAUGACUCUAAUCAGGAAUCAUUACCACCAAGAUAUUCCAUUGAAACAGACAAUUAUACCACUGACAAUGAAGAGAAACAACACUUGAUCAACGACAACAAGAACGACGCAGAAGAAGAUGAUGAGUGGGCUGAUGUCGAUUCAUAUGCCGACGAAAAGAAGAAGUUGAAGGAACAAGAUGAAUUGGACUUGGAAGCAAACGUCAAAAGAUCACCCCCUUCAAGUUUCAAUAAAAUUCCACUUGUUGUGAUUGCUACACUUAUCAUUGUUGGCUUUACUUUGUAUCAAGCUUUCGGGUUUUAUCAAUCAACUAAAUCAUCGACAAGUACUACACCAGAAGACAUUGUUGCACUGAUGAAUGGACAUAAAAUUCCUCAUCCUCAUUCUUAUUUCAGAAAUCUUUGGGAAAAUGUGCAACAACAACAACAGGAUGGUGGUGAUGAGCAAGUCGAUUCUUCAUCGAAGAAGCCAAAGGAAAUUAUUGAAGUAACUAAUCCAUUUGUUCCUAGUCCAAGAUAUGGCAAACCGGUAUACAAGACAAUCUUGCUCAACCAUACAUUUGCUAAUUCUUAUAACCAUCCCAAAUCAGUUAAGUUUUCCAUCCCUUCAAAACACAAGUUUAAUAAAGUUGUACUUACUUUAUUUACUGAAGUUGAUGGUGUUCAAUAUGACAGAUUGGGAAACAUCUUUAUUAACGGUGUACAAGUUUGGAGAACAUCAACAAUUGAACCAGGCAAACAAAAAGUUUUCAGUAUUUUCAACAAAGAUGUUUCCAAAUAUGCCAAGUUGUUUGAAGGCGAUGAUAAUGAAGUAUUAUUUGAAUUAAAUAAUAUUGUCAACAAUAGAUUAACUGGUGCUUUCAAUGUUACUUUGGGUGCUCUGUUUUACGAUGUUGAUUAUGACAAGCAUCAUAAACAUCACGAUGAUAAGAAACCAGAUGGUGAUAAGGACCAUGGCGAUGCUGUAAGUGAAGCAGAUCAUCAAGGUGUAUUUGAAUUUGAUUAUCUUAAACCUCAGCAUGGUUGUGCUGGUAGAGGAAGAGUAAGCAUGGUACAUAAUGGAAAACAAUCACAUGAAGAUUCAGGUUCCAAUUCUUACUCCGAUUCUGAUUCUGAUUCUGAUUCCGAUUCCGAUUCCGAUUCCGAUUCCGAUUCUGAUCCCGACAAUGAAAAUGAAAAGCACAAACAGGAAAAGCAUCACGAAUUUGAUUUUGCUCAUGACACAAAAAAGUGGAAACAUGGUUUUAGGGUAGGAACUACUAAACAUCAAGGAAAGGAGGAAGAAGAGCAUCGUGGGGAAGAAAAGCAAGGACAGGAUGACUCUGAGCCUUCUGAUAAACAAAAACGCCCUAUUUAUUCAAAGAAGCCAAAACAUCCUAAGCAUCCUAAGCAUCCUAAGCAUCCAAAAGAGCCUAAACCACCACACGGACAUCCACCACCACCACCCAAUAGGUAUAGUCAUCUUUUCAAGAUUAACAAACCAGCAGAUGCAGUUCACCCUUUGACGGUUGCCAAAAAGGGUGAAGCACCAGUCGAAUACCUUUCUUCCAAAAGACUUGCUGUGAAAUUACCCAAGGUUGCUAGAAAUACCACUCGUUUACAACUUUCCGUAUUCACAUCUGGUAAUGCAGCUGAAGAAUUUUGGUAUACCAAUGUUCUUGAUAAAUUUAAGGAUAUCUUUGAAGAUGAAGGUAAUGAAUUUAUUGGUAAAGGUCCACUUAGAAUUGUUAACGUUUACUUCAAUGGGGAAAAGAUUGCUGCUCAGACUCCAGAGCCAGUGAUUUUCACUGGUGGAAUUUCACCAGCAUUGUGGAGUCCAAUUGUUUCAAACUCAGCUUUUGAUGUACCAUCAAUUGAUGUUGAUGUCACUCCAUUGUUACCAUUCCUUUGGGAACAUCAGGGUUUGGGUGAGCAAACAUUGGAACUUGAAGUCAGUAAUGGAUUGGGUGAAGUAGGCAUCACAAAUUAUACAUCCGUUAAUAGCGACUGGAUUACUUCGGCUAAUUUGUUGGCUUAUGAACACCCUGAUGUUGUUGGCUCUUCUGGUGCUUUGAUCAAUGUUGAUCAUCAAAAUAGAGCUAGUGCUAUUCCAAUUGCAAUUCCAUUCACUCAUUCGUUCCAACAGAUUGUUAAUGGUAUCUUUUCAGCACAACUUGUUAGUACAUUGAGCUUCAAGUUGAAAGGUGGCAAGAUUUUAAACACGACAUUUAGCUCUUAUUCAAAGGGUGAAAUUUCCAACAUUCAACAUUAUGGAAGAGAUGGAGAUUCACAAGCUCUUGUUCAUGUGGGCCAUUCAUCGAGCUCUUUUAUUAUUACAAAUAAUGACAAGCCUGAGGUCCCACCCGAGCCAAAAUCGGCACUUGUUGGAGUCAGACAUCACAAGAAGCAUGAGUUGCCCUUCAACACAAUCCACACUAUAAACACGUCUUAUAGUUAUCCAUUGAUUUUAUCCACCAAUUUGAAGCACAAGGAAAUUGGUAAUGAAGGUGAUUAUGAAAUUGAAUUUGAUGUUGGAAUUGUUGACACCAAGAGUUUAGAAAUGAACUUUGAUGGAAAGUUUGGUCAUAUCGAAGUCAAGCAAAAGCAAAACGGUACCUCGACAUUUUUCUUGUCAAGUAAAGGCAACCACGGAUUUGGUAGUUUGACUGCUAAGUUUAAGGAGGAAGUUGAAUUUGGAUCAUUCAAGAAAGGUUUAGCUAGAAGAGUUGAUGCUAUCAAUGGAACCAUUGUGCAUGAGGGUAUUCAUAUUGGUCCCGAUGGUUUGAAGCAAGCUAGAGUUGGUAGAUACGGUAAACAUGGUAAACAUGCGAAGCAUGCAAAUCAUUCCAAGCAUGUUGGUGCAAGAAAGCAUCAACAUCAGAAAUCGUCCAUUUUGGAAUCGAUUCGUCGUAUUGUUGCCGAUUGGAAGGCUUGUCAUCGUCAUGCAAGUGACCCUAUUCGUGAACUAGUUGCCACAUAUAAACAAAGUGGAUUCAACGAUAAACUUGCUGGCUUGACUGAUCAAGUGAUCUCGUCAUUGAUCAAGUACAAGCACAAGGGGCUAGAUUAUGUUGCUGCUGUGAAGCAUGGCCAAAACUAA